CGGCACGAGGGCACAAAUCCUUUUGAGGUUUUUCAUACCUCAUUGGGGUCUACUUACUACCAAAAGAUGGGAUCUAAACUGCUUGAACACCUAAAUAUGUUCCCUCGUGAGUCACUAUAGUAUUGUUACUCAAAAUGAUGCCUCCUAUUUUCAUGAGGGCGUGAGGAUGAGGGUGUCUGAGCCACUGUGUAGGUGAGUAUAUGUGUGGGUAUGGCUGUGACGAUCUUGAUGGUGGAUGUGUGGGUGUGAGAUGAAUACAGUAUCCAUAUCUAUAUUCACACAGUCACCUUCACUCUUACCCAAACCCAUAAUUAACAUCUAUAUUAUCGCUCAUACCGCACACGUAAAUGUUUCGUCGUUCGAUAAGUCAACAAUUUUGCUUAUUUACUGGAGAGGUUUUUUUCAUACAGACGUAUAUUUCAACAGUAAGAAUUGUCAGAGAAUCACUGUAAACGGCUGGGAUUUUUCCUUUUCUCUCACAUUGUUUACGUAUAAGGAAUUGAAAACAAUAUUUGAUCGCGUACAAGAGUGGUUUUUUUCUUUUACAUUGAAAACUAUAUAAAGAGACUCACUUCAACGACAAAUUUUGCUUAUAUUUUUUGUGAUAAAAAAUUCAGAACUUUCCAUCAACACGCUAAAUCUCCACAAUGGCAAAUAUAAGAUGUAUUUCAACUGCUCUCUUCGUCAAUUGACUAAUCUUGAUGAUGUCUGUUCAAUCUUCUUCAGGAUCUCAUGCAUUCGUCAUCAUUUCAUCUGAAGUCAGACUUGGCAUCAAGCUUUCUUGGACGUCGUAGUAUAAAAUGUCAGCGUCACGUACUACCCGAAAAUGAUCAUCAUGGUUAUAUUUCAUGGAAAGCAGCGACUCCUGAAGAUCCCGACGAAAGAGAACUUGAAGAACGACAUACAACAACACACGCUUACUAUGGUUCAUCAUGUGUGAAUACAACAAUCUCAAUAUCAUCUUGUGCUGCAUUUUAUUCUUUCGAUGCCAAUGCACUCGAUAGUGCUGCUAUCAAUUUCACAUACAAUGAUUCACAGUUUCUUUCAACAACGUACAUUCCAUUCGGUUCACAUUCAUUUACAAUUGGUUUUUGGUUUUAUUCAGCAGGUCUAAACAGUACUUGGAAUUUUUGCUUCAGUGGAGAAUGUCCGUCAUCGACGACCGAUCAUUUUGGAAUUACCUAUCGAUUGAAUACACCAUGUGAAAUCUAUUUAAAUGCCAUCCUUUUCUGUUAUUUUCCAUUUGAUCCAACAUCGUUUCUAUCUGAUUCUGGACCUAAUUAUCUGAGUGCAACUAAUUCGAAUGUAACACAAACAACUGGAAGAGUGAACCAAGGAGUACAAUUCUCAUCAUCAUCAUCUUAUAUAACUAUUAGUGGAGUUAAUGUGUUGAAUGCAUUAAAUAAUCCAUUCACAAUCUCAAUGUGGAUUAAACCAAUGAAUCUUACUGGUGGUGGAACACUUAUUCACACGUCAACACAAUCUGAUGGUCUGGAUAGCUGUUUUGCAUCAUGGGGUUUCUCUUCAAAUGGUUCAUUCAUCGUGAACUUCCUCGAUUCACUAGGCAAUGCAAUUCCAAUGACACUCUCAUCUUCGUUUCCGUUGAAUCAAUGGACACACGUUGUUCAAGUGUUCAACUCAUCCAACGGAAACUACUUGUAUAUGAAUGGAAAUUUUAUGUUUGAGUCGUCGCCAGUUAUUUCAAAUUCUUGCAAAUCAGGAUCGAUUUCUAUGAGUCAAUUCUUUGGUGUUAUUAAUGAAUUUUGUUUUUAG